AUGAUUAGAUAUUUAAAUAGAUGUAUUAUACAAUGUAAUCAUAAUAAUUUAAGAUUCUUUAGUAGUAAACAAAACGAUGCAACUCUUAAAUCUAAAUCAUAUUUGAUACCAACUUUAAAAAUCAAUAAUAGUAUAUCAUUUAAUGAUUCAAUGAAUCAAUUGAUACAAAAGAUAGAAUUGGCACCAAUGUUUUAUAAAGAUGCACCGAUCGUUGUAGAUGUCUCAGAUCACACUGAAUUGGACAAUUUCAAAUUCGAUGAACUAAUGAAUGUCUGUGUUGGUAAUGGAUUGGUACCAAUCGGUGUAUCUUGUAAUAAUCCAUCCGAUAGAGUUCAAGAUAUUCUAAAACGAUAUCGAUUGCCCAUUAUGUAUGGUACAAAUACAAGAUCAUCUAGUAAAUCUUCUGCAGCAUCAACAACAGCAACAACAGCAACAACUACAACAACAGCUACUGCCUCUACAACUACAUCAUCUUCAACCGCUAACAAUGUAUCAAAUUACUCUUCAACCGCUAUGAAUCAUCAAAUGCCUGCAGCAUCAACAGCAUCAACAACAAUUAAAUCAAAACCAGCACCAUUAGUUAUUUCAACAUCAUUGAGAUCGGGACAACAGAUCUACGCAGAGAAUACCGAUCUAAUCAUUAUGGGUAAUGUACAUAGCGGUGCAGAAGCAGUGUCCGAUGGUAAUAUUUUCAUUUUCGGUACAUUGAAAGGACGUGCACUUGCAGGACUCUCUGGCGACAAGUCAGCCAAGAUCAUCACAAACAAAUUCGAAGCAGAGCUAGUCUCUAUAGGACCUGCUUACCACGCCUGCGAAACACUUCCACGUACAGUCAACCCAAACAUCCCAACAACAGUUACACUUCAAGAUGAUAAAUUAUUAUUUACAUCAAUAGAUCCAAAUAAUAAUAAAUAA